AUGCAGUAUCCCAUGCCCAGCGACCCUUUUAACCAACCCAUGUCGUCUAGUACGUCCCGUUCCCGACGUAGGAAGCGUGGUGCAGAAUCUCCUCCGUCGUCAACCUCCAAAGGCAAGAGAACAACAACAAACACGUCAAGCGCUUCAGCCUAUAGUCGGAACUUUCAACAAAAUUUAAUUGAUCAUGGCGUUUAUCCCGAUGGCUACGAAUUUCCUGACGGCAAUGUUCCUUCUCAACCGAAUAAUUUUGACGAGAUAGUUGAAAGAUUGGCUCAACCGCGACCUUCCCUUUCGCCAUCGGAAUUCUCUGAUGGGGAUUUCAAAAAGUUCAAGCGGGCAGAUAUAAAUGCAUCUAAGGAGAGACCAGUCACCACUUCUGUUAUUCCAAUUCUUGAGGGUGAAAUUGAUGACCCUAAGUGUGUUGGGGGUGAUUACCCAUUUGGGAAUCUUGCUUCCUUGACUGAUGGGACUUUAGCAUCAGCCAAGCCAGAUUAUUUCUAUGGCGCGCGCCCUGAGCAGCUUGAUCGUCAAAUCCGGAAAGAUCUUGGUCAUUAUAUCAUCCCAUCAACACAAGAUCACCUUCCAAUGGCACCAAACUUGUUUUUGGAGGCAAAGGGCCCUGAUGGAUCUCUUGCUGUAGCUACAUGGCAGGCAUGUUAUGAUGAUGCAUUGGGUGCCCGGGGUAUGCAUUCCUUACAAUCUUACCGGCAAGAACCAAUCUACAAUAAUAAUGCGUACACUCUUACAUCAACUUACCAUGGUGGUCAACUAAAGAUGUACACUACCCAUAUCACCCGGCCUGAAGACGGUGAGACUCGGCCUGAGUAUAUCAUGACCCAGGUCAAUACAUGGGCCAUGACUGGCAACCAAGAGGGCUUUCGGCAAGGUGCUUCUGCAUACCGAAAUGCUCGAGAUUGGGCAAAGGAAACAAGAGACAAAUUCAUUCAAGCAGCAAAUGAGAGGCUCUCCCAGGCAUGCUCACAAGAUUCUUUCUCUCAGCACCAGCCGCUUUCUGAGUUAACGCCUGUCUUGGAUGAAUCUGAUGGGUCAACUGAAUCUGGCGUGUAUCAUGAUGCUCAAUGGAGCUUCGCCAUCCCAGUUGAACGGGAAGAAGAUCACGGGAAGCUCAGAAGGCCGAGGAUCCGUGUGAGCGAAUCUUUUGCUGUGACCGGCGAUGUCGCCAGCCAUACAACUAGCGAUAAGGCCCCUAGACUCCAAAAUGACCGUAACAUGAUCUGUUCACACCUGCUUUUGCGCUUAUUGUACAUAGUUUCAAAUAAUCCAGUGAUAUACUUUCAUUGGACCUCUCCUGAGUUUGUCUAUGUUGCUAUGUUUAGAAGAGGGCUUUUUGUUCUCUCUACGGAGUACAUGGGGAAGUGGUUUCAGGCGAGGAGAUCAAAGUGGAGACAGGAUAUUGCUAAACUCCACAAAAUUACAGGAGGCAUACGGGCCGUCCCGUUCCGCUCUCGUUCCGCAGCUAGUGUCUCCAUGCUUGUGUGA